AUGGCCUCGUCGUCGGGCAACGACGACGACCUCACCAUCCCGCGGGCUGCCAUCAACAAGAUGAUCAAAGAAACGCUCCCCAACGUCCGCGUGGCAAACGACGCGCGGGAGCUGGUGGUGAACUGCUGCACCGAAUUCAUCCACCUCAUCUCCUCCGAGGCCAACGAGAUCUGCAACAAGUCGGAGAAGAAGACCAUCUCCCCGGAGCACGUCAUACAAGCACUAGAAAGUUUGGGGUUUGGCUCCUAUAUCAGUGAAGCUAGACAACAGCCUGCUCCUGCCUCAGCCAGUGCAUCCAAUCAGGCAGGAUCCUCUCAGGAUGAAGAUGAUGAAGAUGAUAUCUGAAAUUCACCAGCUGAGUUUGUCUUUAAGAAAUAUUUUUCCUGCACAAUGAAAACAGUGAAAUGAGUGCUUACCUGUAAGUUUGUAUGCAUCAUGGACUGGGAAUUGGUAUUCUAGGGGUGUCUGCUGUUGUGUGCUGUACAUGUAUAAACUGUCUUUUUUUGAACUCUUGAAGAUUUAAGGUUCAGUAUCAUAUCAACUUUGGAUUUUUAAUGGUGUAUAUGGAAAUUUUAGAUAGCAGUGCGUCAUUUAUUUGAUCAAUAAACAGUGUUACAAUAAACAACACGUUUAUAAAAUAUAGUGAGAUUUAUACAAAAAGCUCUAAAUCUACAUUUGCAUUUCUUCCCUUUUAACUAAACUAUAAAAUCUUACUUAGAAUUUUUAAUUGUUUUUUGGGGGAGUGGUACAGUAGACAUAAUCUGUUAAUGGGAAAAAAGCAGAGUUCAGCAUAGUAGAGUCUGAAUUCUUGGUUCUUUUUAAAAUGAGGAUGUAUAUGGCAAUAAAUAUUAUAUAUGCUCAAAUACCACACUUGUUAAAAUUUGACAAUGAUACGUUUUCACCAAGCUAGGAAAAGGUAUGUUUAAUAGGAGUUGUACAAAUUCAGUCAUUUCCUUGUAUAGGGGCGAAAAAAAUAAACCCAUGGUUUUAUUAUGACAUCCUUCGACAGUCCUAACUGAAUAUUUCACUUCAAAGACUGCCUGGUUUGAAGAACUAACUCUUCAGUUAUUUCACUCCAGUUUAAUGUUAACUGUUGUUGCUGGUAUUUCGUAGUCCAGAUCUAUUCAUACUGUUGAAAUAUAAAUCUGGAACUUGAUGAAACAGAAUUGUUUUAAUUCCACUGAUGUAACUGGGAAUGGUUAAGUAUUGAAGCCUAAGAAAGCAAAAGCAGAAGCUAAGAUCAUGCUUGCCAUAAAAGAGGGAAUUUAUUUAACCUUGAUUAGUCAUUGUUGUCAGCAUAAUGCUAACAUUCUCCAGAAUAGAUUGCCACUGAAUUGCUAAGAUACCUGGUUGAAAGAUAACAUUUUCCUCAUUCAGAUUAGUUCCUAGGUAAGUCCAGGUUUUUGAUAAACUAUUUCCCAAGAGUGAUCAGCAAUACGUGGAACAGAAAUGAGGUAGUAGUCCUUUUGAUAGUUGAUUUGAAUAUUCUGUUGAUUAAUGGAUGAGCAGCUGUUCUUUGUGUUGAAAUAAAGCACAGUAGUGUCCAUUGCUGAGUUUUAAUGUGUUACUUGAAGUAAUACUGGCAUAUCUUCUGGUACACUAAUCUGAGCAGACUAGAAAAGCCACUUGCAUGCUGCUGUAGAUGAUUCCAUAGUUCUCUAACAACGUGGAUUGUUUAAUUAACUUACGUCCUCAGCAAGUUGCGCUAGUUCAAAUUCUUGAGGAGGGCUGCAGCAGUUUGUUUACACAAGAAUGCAAACAGAAAAUGGUGUGCCCAUUUUUACAUAAAGAUCUGAAAAAGGUACCAUUGGCAUGUGUUCAGAUCUGUCACAUAGUGACUUUUGAUUUAAAUUGAGAUACAUUAAGUUGCAUAUUGAAUAAAUGUGAACACUUCCUUAAAUGCAUUAAUGCAGUGAAAACUCAGAAGAAUCUUUGUUUGAAUGUUUAAGUUUGAAAAAGAAAAACAAAACAAAAAAACCUCUCAUGGAUACUCUAUGAACUAUGUUAGGCAAGGUUUGACCGAGGAAGUGGUUUUCUGUAAAGGUUUAAGUACCAAAGGUAGAAAAUCUAGUCUAGUGAUACGAUGUUAAUGUGCAGUGUUGGCUUUUCUAAUUUGUACUGUAACACCUUCACACUUUCUAUUUUAAAUGAGUCUUUUUCUUUUAAAUAAUAUUAGGUAUAUUUUCACACCUUUAUUUUCUGAUGCAGAAUUCAGGUUAACAUUUUACUGCAUCUGGUAUGUGUGGUGUAGUAUGUUUGGAUCUUUGUGACCUUUCUUUUGGACAUUCUUGUGCUUUUUCAUAUGCUGUAUUCUUCAAGCAAUAAAAUUCUGAUGUGUUUUUAUAAAA